CAAACACAAAGCACAAUUGCACAAACGCAAGAAGCUCAACAAGACAAGAAACUGAGGCAAGACCAAGAAGAAGAGGAGGAAGAAGAAAAAGGCCUAGAACAAGAUGGGAGGCGAAGGCAGCACAAGCCCAGCGCCUGGGGGAGCCGCCUGCGCGGUCUGCGGCGGCGCCGCGGUGGUGUACUGCGUGGCGGACGCUGCGGCGCUCUGCAGCCCCUGCGAUGCCGCUGUCCACGCCGCAAACCUGCUGGCGUCGCGCCAUGAGCGCGUGCCUCUUUCCAUGGCCGCCGUGCCGUCCGCAUCAGGCGCGUACGACGACCUGUUCGCGCCCGACGACGUCGACGCGGCGGCGCCCGCGCAGGCGCAGGGGCUGGGCAGCCCCCGGAACGGCAGCUCGUCGGCGAGCUUCACCACCAGCGGCGACAGCGGCGCGGAGGGCAGCAGCCUGUUUGACUUCGACCUGCUGUCUGGCGUGGACCUCGCGGCCUGUGUCACGGACGGCGUGGCGCCCCUCCACCACGACGACGCUGCACCGCUGUGGGCGCAGCCUGGCCUGGCCGUCGCGUGGGCGACCGCGUGGUCUCCGGCGGACUCCGCCGCCGCCGUAGUCGCCGCGGCGGCGGAGCGGGAGGCGAGGGUGCAGAGGUACCGCGAGAAGCGCAAGAACCGCAGGUUCCACAAGACCAUCCGCUACGCGUCCCGCAAGGCCUACGCCGAGGCGCGGCCGAGGAUCAAGGGCCGCUUCGUCAAGCGCGCCGCCGGCACCUCCUCCUCCUCCUCCUCGGGCGCCGGCACACCCGACGACGGCAACGACGCCACGGGCGCCGCUGCCAAGUUCUGGCUCUCCUUCUCCGACGACGCCAGGGACGGCUUCUACGUGGACGCCGGGGCCUACGGGGUCGUGCCAAGCUUCUACAGAGUUCGUUCCGAACAACUCACAAGCUGAAGAAAGCCUUGGAAAUGGUCACCGCAGGCUCACAUCGCUUCUGGCCGGCGGUGGCGUUCGCCCAGCUUGAAACAAGCUAAGAAAUGGGCGCGCGCCAAUGGCGCCUUCGUUCUUGUUUUGUGUCGUGCCGUCAUUCAUGCGGGUAGCAUUCGUGGUGAAAUUCGGCCAUCGCUAUUUUUUUUUAAUGAUGGCUCGGAAUUUCGACCCCAUUUUAAUGUCUAUAUAUGUAGAUGUAGCUGUGUUCAUCCAUUGUUUUAGAGUUUUGAAUUUCUACUACAAGAUCAAUUCCAUGCAUGGUGAUCCCAAUCUUAUGCCAACGCCACUAUUGUGUCCAACAAUUGUAGGAUUCUGCAUCACUAUUUUGUUCCGGUCUCCAAAGAUGAUGAAUUGAUGAUGAAGCACUUGAUGUAAACGUGGAUUUGAUGUGGUAAAUAAAAGCCACUUCCCACUAGUGAAAUAGAUGAUUACUGGCUUACUGC